AUGGACGGGUGGGGGUUGCCUGUUCACAUAAAGAGCUGGUCCUCUUUGGGGAGGGACAACAGACUGAACAACACACCCCCAGAGGACACAGAUAUCUCCUCCAUCUCCAAACACGCAGAGAGUCAGACGGAUCGGAACUUACUUGAGCGCUGUCAUCCAACCAGCGUGCAGUACAAUCCCUACAUGACAAGUUGCAGCCUGAGAGACAGACAGACCUACAUCCAUCUGGCCUCGGGCUCGGGACAAUCCUACAGGAAGCCCGCAGCGUGA